AUGGUUAAUAAUUAUUUUUAUGCAAAAUUACAAGGGAAACCAUGGCUAGACUUCAGGAAUUUUUUAUACAUUCUCCAGUCGUACUAUUGCAAUUUGGACACUCGUUUGGGCAUGAUUCACAAUUUUUGUUCUAUUAAGCUGUAUUUAAUAAUGUUAGCUUCCUAUAUAAUAAUCUGCUGUCUUAUUUUUAAUAAAAAUUUAAUUUAUGACCCUAUUUAAUUUCUAUAAUUCUCUUAAAUAUUGUUUAUUAUAAAACUGUCCAUUACAGCAAAUUCCAUUUAUUGUUGAAUUGUUUUCACAUUGAUUGCAUGAUGGAUUUAUUGUAAAAUUUAUUGUGGCGUCAUUAUUAUAAUCCUUAUAGCAGCAUGCUGUAUUUGUUUUCUAUGAAUCGUCCCUUUUACGCUGAUUUGUUCAUUGCAUUGUUUGCAAGAAGAAGAAGAAAUGGUCACGUUUGAAUUUAUCUCGUUAUUGCAACUAUUACACUGAGUAUUUGUGCUGUUAUAA